AUGAUCCUGGUGCAGUCGUCGAGAUGGCCUGCGACGAUCAUUACACGUCCGGUCGGGUCCGAUUUCCCCGCGCUUCGACUCGCGCCACCACGGACGAGACGACGGCUUGUCUCAGCUGUUUCGAACGGAGGAGGAGAGAGAUCCGAUGACUGUUCGGUACGAAACAAACGCGCGUAUCUCAUCCGAUCACUGACCACCACAACAAACGCAGUGGUCAAGGCAAUCGAAUCGUUCGCCGAUUUCAAGACGAUUAUCAACUCGGACAAGAUCGUCGUCAUCGACUUUUGGGCCACAUGUAUGUUUGCACACGAAGAGUGGUUACGUCGUUGUCGAUGGGGUCGUAGCUGACUUUAUGACCCUUGCUGCGGGCAUCGCCUACAGGGUGCGGGUGAGUGUCGAGAUGCCAGCAGGGAACGGGUGGGUUAACUUUGGCAUUGUCCGCUUUUACUGACGUGGUUCUACUUUUGGACUCUGCCGUCAAUCCCACGCUAUAGACCGUGGUAAGUAUCGGGAAGUGAGAAGGUCCACUCGGUCUCGCGAUCCUGAACUGAUGCGCAUUGCUUUCCCGUCCGCGUGCCAACAGCAAGGUCAUCUCGCCCGUCUUUGAGCAACUCGAAAAGGAGCACCCCAACCUCGAGUUCUACAAGGUCGACGUAGACACCCAAGAGGUGCGUGAUUUGGAUGGGCUUAUCGACGCAUGAUCUGAACCAGCGGAACUGACUUUGCUGCUCUGAUCGACAUUUAGGAUAUCGCGUCCGAGUGCGCGAUCAAAGCGAUGCCGACGUUCAUAUUCUUCCAGAACGGCGAGAAGAAGGGCACCGUCGUCGGUGCGGCCAAGGACAAGCUUGUCGUACGUACCAAUCCCAGAAGUCGUCGUUUCGCCCAUCAAUUUCAGUUGCUGACCUCUUGGACGCGCCUUCCUUUUCAUACCGGAUAGGCCGCUCUGCAAAUGCACUCCGAGUCCGCUUAA